AUGUACGGCGAGGAGGUGGAUGCCGAUCUGCCGGAGUCUCUGAUCAGCGGCGUCGUCCUUUUGACCAUCGUGGAAAAGCACCUUCCCUUCUUGCUUGUGGACAAGCGAUGGCACAAAGAAGCUAAGCCCAUGAGCUUCCAAGCCCGUGACAACAUUACCCUAUUUGCAGACUGCUGCGUAGCCCUGGGCAUGCGCCGCUCUGAUGUGUGUAACUAUAGCAACUUUGAGCGUGGGGAUCUGAAGCAGAUCACGGCCACGCUCUGCGCCUUUGCCAAGUUGGGCAUCCCGAAGGGUCUGCACCAGGUGUCGAAGGAGCUGGAGACCUACGUGGAGAAGGCGUACAGCCCCGCCGUGGCGCAGAUGGACCUGGUGAACGAGGAGGAGGAGAUCCAGCUGACCGCGGAGGAGCUGGAGGCGCUGGAGCGCGAGCGGCAGGCGGAGGAGGAGCGCCAGCAGCGCAUCGCGGAGAGUUUGAAGGGGUUUGCGGAGCUGCGCGAGGCGUGCGAGGCGGCGUUCAACCGCGCGGUGGAGGGACUGUGCGCGGACGUGCUGAGCGGAAUCGACAUGAACGACCUGGAGCUCUCGGACAGCUCGGAUAGCUCCAAGAGUUCGAAGAGCUCCAAGAGUUCGAAGAGUUCGAAGAGCUCCAAGAAGGCGAAGAAGUCGGAGGGCGCGCGGGAGCUGAGCGUGGAGGAGCUGCGAGCGAAGAUCGAGAAGGCGGAGGAGGAGUGCGCGCUGGCGAAGCGGAUGCUGGAGGAGAUGAGGAAGAAGCGCGCGGAGCUGGAGGCGGAGGGCGCGGACACGAGCGAGGUGGACGCGGCGAUCGCCGAGAUGGAGCGGAAGAUCGGGGAGCUGGAGGGAAUGAUCGCGAAGGAGCGCGAGGAACUGCAGAGAAAGGAGGAGGAGGAGAGAAGGCGGAAGGAGGAGGAGGAAGAGCGGAAGCGAAGAGAGGCCGAGGAGGAGGCGGAGCGACUGCGAAGGGAGGAGGAAGAACGGAUCAUGAGGGAAGAGGCGGAACGAUUGCUGCGCGAAGAGGAGGAAGAGAAAAAGAGAAGGGAAGCGGAGGAGGCGGAAGCGGAAGCGGAGAGACUGCGAAAGGAGGAAGAGGAGAGACUGCGAAAGGAGGAAGAGGAGAGAAAGCAGAGAGAAGAGGAGGAGCGAAGACAGAAAGAGGAGGAGGAGCGAAAGCGAAAGGAGGAGGAGGAAAAGGAGCGAUUGCGCAAGGAAGAAGAGGAACGCAAACGCAAAGAGGAGGAGGAAAAGGAGCGGAAGCGCAAAGAGGAGGAGGAGCGGAAGCAGAAGGAGGAGGCGGAGCGCGUGCAGCGCGAAUUGGAGGAACAGCAGCGCGCGGAAGAGGAACGAGCCAGACUCGAGGAGGAGGAGCAGGCGAAGAAGUGCCGCGGAUGCCGCAGCAAACGACCAAAACAAACCGAGGAAGGUGACGCCUAGACCAUGGAAGAAGAAGAAGAAGGAUACUAGUUGUUAUGUAAAUUAUCAUUGUGA